AUGGCUGGUCCUAGCAAGUCCCUGAUCCUUGAUCCGGCCUUCCAGAAAUAUUACGAACUCAAUGCCAACCGUUACAAGUACUGGCGCUGGACCCCGCGCCAUGCCGUGAUCUCAUUUGUCUACAUGGGCCUGAUCCCCGGUGUUCUGGGCUAUUUUGCCUACAAUUACGAUGGCAAGUUCGAUCUCCGUGGCAAGCGCAGAGGAGAUACAAUCUCCGAGUGGUAA